GGCUUUUCUGACAGAGCCAGCACACCCUUACCUUUGUCAGCCUGCUCUCUGAGCACCACACUCUAAUUGGUAGUCCGCAUGUUUCCAGGGUAACCGUGCAGUGGGGCUGGUCUUAGAUGAUCGGAAGCGAAACCCGGAAGUGACGGUCUUCCCUCGCGCCGGAGGUUUGGAAGGUUAGAAGAUGGCUGCGCGCAAGGGCCGCAGGCGCGCACGUGAAACCGGGGAGCCCAUGGAGGCCGAAUCUUGUGAUCCAGGUUCCGCAGGCCCAACCCAGGUCUACUUGCCCGGCAGGGGGCCACCGCUGGGCGAAGGGGAGGAGCUGGUCAUGGACGAGGAGGCCUAUGUGCUGUACCACCGUGCACAGACUGGCGCCCCUUGUCUUAGCUUUGACAUAGUCCGAGAUCACCUGGGCAACAACCGGACUGAGCUCCCUCUCACGCUUUACCUGUGUGCGGGAACCCAGGCGGAGAGCGCCCAGAGCAACAGACUGAUGAUGCUUCGGAUGCACAAUUUGCACGGGACCAGGCCUCCACCCUCAGAUGGCAGUGAUGAGGAGGAGGAGGAUGAAGAGGAUGAAGAAGAGCGGAAGCCUCAGCUGGAGCUGGCCAUGGUUCCACACUAUGGCGGCAUCAACCGAGUUCGGGUAUCAUGGCUGGGUGAGGAACCUGUGGCUGGGGUGUGGUCAGAGAAGGGCCAGGUGGAGGUGUUUGCACUGCGGCGGCUUCUGCAGGUAGUGGAUGACCCUCAGGCCCUGGCUGUUUUCCUUCGAGAUGAACAGGCCCAAGUGAAGCCCAUCUUCUCCUUCAGUGGCCACAUGAGUGAGGGCUUUGCUCUCGACUGGUCCCCACGUGUGCCCGGCUGCUUGCUGACCGGCGACUGUCUGAAGAACAUCCACCUCUGGAUGCCCACAGACGGUGGUGGCUCCUGGCAUGUGGACCAGAGGCCAUUUGUAGGCCAUACACGCUCUGUGGAGGACCUGCAGUGGUCACCAACAGAGGACACGGUGUUCGCCUCCUGCUCAGCUGAUGCCUCCAUUCGCAUCUGGGACAUCAGAGCAGCCCCAGGCAAGGCCUGCAUGCUCACCACAGCCACUGCCCAUGAUGGAGAUGUCAAUGUCAUCAGCUGGAGCCGCCGGGAGCCCUUCCUGCUCAGUGGUGGGGAUGAUGGGGCCCUCAAGGUCUGGGACCUGCGGCAAUUCAAGGCAGGCUCCCCAGUGGCCACUUUCAAGCAGCACAUGGCUCCCGUGACCUCUGUCGAGUGGCACCCACAGGACAGUGGGGUCUUUGCAGCCUCAGGUGCUGACAACCAGAUCACACAGUGGGACCUGGCAGUUGAGCGAGACCCAGAGGCAGGUGAGGCAGAAGCUGACCCUGAGCUGGCAGCACUCCCCCAGCAGCUGUUGUUUGUACACCAAGGUGAGACCGACCUGAAGGAGCUGCACUGGCACCCACAGUGUCCUGGGGUUCUUCUCAGCACUGCCUUGUCAGGCUUCACCGUCUUCCGUACCAUCAGCGUCUAAGGUGACUAAGACUUGGCCUCAGGCCUCAGCUGUGCCUCAGAACUGAAAUGUGUUCCCUGGAAGAGCUCAUCAAGGCUGUGGACUGCUCCCCAAAAGAAAGACUUGUUCAACUGACCCCCGAGGAACAGAAUGACCUGUGUCUCUGAGGACUUACUUGGUUUGACCCUUGGCUCUCUAUGCCACAUACACCAAAGACUUGGCCUGGGUAAAGACUCCUGCCUGUCCCAGAUAAGGCCUCAGUAUGAGAUUUUGUCAGUGUUGGCACCUUGGACCUCUGACUCAGGACCCAGUUAUGACUGCUGAUCACCCCCAGGAACUUCAAGGGUUUUGCCAUGGUUGCGCUAAGUCUAGGUUUGGGUCUCUCCAGUAGAAUAGUUCCCUGCUUGCCUUCUGGCUAUGGUAACCACUACUGUGCUGGAAGAGGGUCUGAGGCUCCUGCUACGGUAAAGGACCACAGUGAGGCCCCAAACACUUAAGACACCAGCCAGUUUUUUGGGCUUCUUCCCUGUGAGGAAGCUGAGGGGGGCGGGGAGACAGGAGUUUGGUACCCACCUUUCUCCAGGCUGCCAUACUGUGAGACACCCACAGUUAUAACCCCUCUCCCAGUGACCCAGCCCUUGGCCAUGGAGUCUGUCCCUCUAUGAGGCUCUUCCUCAAUCUGGUUCAGCCUUUCCCAAAUCAUACUCCAUUUGGAACUCACUCUGCAUCAACCAAUAGGUGUCUCUUUCUGGAUACCCGACUUGAGGUGUCAUCCCAGGAGGAAUGUAGCCCAAUAUCUCUUCCCUUUAUCAUUAAUUAUCUUGCCAUUUCCUUCUGAAUUCACCACACUAUCAGUGUCUUUCCUGUGAUUCCAUCUUCCAUGUCUCUUGUUCCCACUGUCUCUCCCUGCCUCCAGCCCGUUCUCUGCACUGUCCUCUCCAGUAUGCCUGGGCCGCAGCCCAGUGCCCUGCCUGGCCAGCCUCCCUGGCUCCCCCUCUGCGGUGCCGAACUGGCUCCACCCCCGCCCCCCCUCUGUCCAGGCUCUGAUCCGCUGUGGCUCAGAGGUCGAGUGCCCAGCUCAGGCCCCAGAGCCACAGACAGACCACAGCACCUCAGCACCCACAGAGGCCCCUCUACAGCCUGGGCAGAGAAGCCCCCAGUACAGGGUAUGGGGGUAGGCAGCCCCCCCAGGUAAGUGCAGCCAUGUCAGCCAAUCCACCUAAUCUUUUAGUUCCUGGCUUCCAACUCUGACCCUUCCUGACUUCUUGCAUUUUCUCACCACUCCAUUCUCCCUUUCUGAGGCAGCCUUUCACAUUCCCUUCCUCUGCUUCUUAAGACAUGGACUUCACGUCUUUUUCCUUCAAUUAUUUGUACUCAGCCUUUGUCUGGUAGUGCCCUCUUUAGAUCUCCGCAUGUCGUAUCCUGUGCCCCCCCAUCUCUGUCCUCUCUGUCUUAGUCUCUGUCCCUCUCUCUCAUUCUGGGUCUCUUAUUUCUCUCUCUCUCUCUCUCUCUCUCUCUCUCUCUCUCUCUGUUCCUUUCCCUGAGUCUCAGUGACUCUCUGUCCCUUUUUUGCUCUCACUCUGGGUCUCUCUCUCUCUGGGUUGCUGUCUCUUGUUGGGUCUCUGUCUCUCUGCCUCUGUGUCUUUGUCUCUCUCUGGGUCUCUCUCUCUCUCAGUCUCUGUCCCUUCUUCUAAGUCUCUGUCUCUCUCUCAAAACACCUUUGUUCCUCCCUCUCUGGUUCUCUAUCUACCAGCUCAGUCCGCUGUGACUUUGCAUCUGUCUUUUGGGCCUUGUGACUCUUGUGUUGCUGGGCUGUCUGGGUGUCAUGUACACCAGGAAAGCAGGUGCAGGAGCCCCCAUCCCUGCUUGGUCUGUGUCCUCCCUUGAAGCUCCUUCAAUGCCUCCUUUCCUGUGGAUCUACUAUGUAGACCCCACUAGUUGGUGGGGGUAGAGGUACCACCUUGUGUGAAUGGGAGAGGUUCUUGGCCCCAGAUUAUAUAGUGACUUUGACAUGAAGUUGAAGCAUCUUAAGCCCCAUGGCUCCUUUAUAUGGAAACAUUAAGCUGCUCUCAGGAGCCAGGUGGAAGAGGGGUGGAGUGGGACCAGGAUCCUUUCCCUCUCGCCCUGUCCUUUAGGGGGCAGCCUAGAGCUGGGCCUUUUGGGGUGUCAGAAGUCCCCUGCAGGUGAAGGUCCUGCCCACUCUAAGGUGAAUAUGGGUCUACCUCAGGGUGGUGGCAGAGUCCAGGGUCAGGUCCAGGACCCAAGCUAGCUUCCCAGCCCACCACAGGGGCCCUGGAUAAAGAUGGAGAGAAGCCCUUGGCCCCCAGGACCCUGAGCAAUCAAGGUGAACCCUGGGGCCUUGUGGGCAGCUUCAGUCUUAGAUACUUAAGGAGGAUAUUGUCAUCACUGGGGCUCAGCACACCAAGGUCUCAGUUGUAUCCAGGCAUGCCACCUCUCUCCCCAGCUAAAGGAUUUGAGCCUGGGUCAUUCCACCUCCCCUCUCUCCCUGGGUAGCUCUUGGAGACUAUUGUAAAGCAGGAAUCCUGAUGCAGAGGUUACCCACAAAGAUUGCUUUUUACCCUCCAACUACAAACCUGCUCCUGGGAGGCUAGCAUGCUUCCCCUCUCCCAAGAUGAUCUCCAGUACAUCCAAGGGCUGUUGUGCUGAUCCAACUCGGCUCCAUCCACUCAGAUCUGAGCCUAGUUUCACACCGUUGGGUAGGCCUAGAGAAACCUUACAUGGCUGGACUCUCUGGGUGCCGUGGAGAUCAGGAAAGGAAGUAAAGGGCACUCUUGGGCCCUAGGUGCCAAACUUCA